ACACAAAUACACCAAUGCAUAUUUAAUAAAGCCAUAGAUGUCCUAAUCUGUCUUUCUGUGAUGUUUUUCCCAGAUGCUUGUGAUCUCACACUGGAUCCAAACACAGCACACACUCGUCUCUCUCUGUCUGCAGGGAACAAGAAAACAAAGUGUGAGAGAGAGAAUCAACCGCAUCCUGAUCAUCCAGAGAGGUUUGAGAACUGUGAGCAGGUUUUGUGUAGAGAGCGUCUGACUGGACGCUGUUACUGGGAGGUUGAAUGGAGCGGAUGGGGUCAUGUAGCUGUGGCAUACAAAGGAAUCAGCAGGAAAGGUGGGAGCAAAUGUCGGUUUGGAUUCAAUGAAAAGUCCUGGAAUAUUUACUGUUGUGAUACAAUUUACUCUGUCUGGCACAAUAAUAAGAGCACAAACGUUCCUCGCCCUUCACCAUCUAAUAGAGUAGGAGUGUAUGUGGAUGUGUCGGCCGGCACUCUGUCUUUCUACAGUGUCUCUGACACACACACACUCACACACUUACACACAUUCAACACUACAUUCACUGAACCCCUCUACGCUGGAUUUCUGGUUUAUCGUGAUUCUUCAGUGUUUCUCUGUCCGAUGUAACAACCUCUUGUGAGGAACCACAAAAUUAAUUGCUAGGAGUGUCUAUUACAUUUCAUAAAAAUUUAUUUUUUCAUAAAAAAAAAACUGUAGUUGUGACUAUUUCAUUAUGAAAUAAGUAGUUGUCUAGUUACAUUAUAACAUAUAAUAACACGUUGUAAGAUAACUUGUAUUGUGAGGUAUACAUCUUAUUAUUCAGUGUGGAAGUAAGCCGUUUUCUGUGACUGUGCGAGACUUCUGCUUCAUUAGCCGCUGAAGGGAAAUAACAAGAAGAAGAACAAACUGCAGUAAACUGUAAAACUGUUUGCACUACAAACCAGUGUGUUCAUAAUUAAGACAUGGCAUUAAAAUAAUAUAGCAAGAAACACCAGUUUGCAAAACCAGCUGUUUUGUAGAGCUAAAAAUAGAUGAAAGCGAACCACACCGGAAGCCAGACGCAUUGGCAGCGCCGCUCUUACGGGAAAA